AUGGCGCCAUCAGAAACUCGCCGGAUGAUGCUAGUCAAGAACGUGUUCAGUCGGUCGAUCUCCAAUGUCUCGAAGCCGGUGAAUGCUCAGACGCUUGCCGAGGCCUUCCCGUACGCGACCCCUCAGAUGCUAGACACCCUGGCCGAGCAAACAAAAACCCUGUUCUCACACUAUGCUAACGGUCGAUGGACCGAAUUCGCGGACGCGGCCGCCUUCGAAGAGCUCUGUAAUCGAUUCGAUCUCCUCGAGCGCGAGGCCAUCCAGAGAAUCCACGCGGGCGACCAGCCAGUGACGAUUACCCGGGACCCCAAACUCUCGAUCCCGCCUCUCCUGCUCCACACGUUGGCCAAUCUAGAGACGCUUUAUCAGGCGGCCAAUGCGCGUCAGCUGCAGACGAACGAAAACCUGCAGACACAGAUCAGGAAGCAGCUCGACGAGAUUGAGCGGCUCGAAGCGGACAUCAGGGGCCGUCUGGGCCAGAUCCAAUCGACCGCCGACGAGUGGAAGAAGCCCCAGCGACCCUGA